CCCGGAUGUUGCUCGCACCGGAAGAGAAGGGGCCGCUCUCCCAGCCAUCUUGUGGCCGCUUCCAGCGAAUUAUUCGCAUCGCGCCUCGUCGAAUCGGCGGUGAAUCCAGCUGAAGGGGCGCCAUCAUGCCCGGCCACCUGCAAGAAGGCUUCGGCUGCGUGGUUACUAACCGCUUCGACCAGUUACCGGACGACGAGUCGGACCCGUCCGAGAUUCUGAAAGCUGCCGAAAACAAGAAAAAAGAGGGGGCCGCUGCUGGCUCCGCUAAGAGCGCUGCCCAAGCCGCCAAGCAACCCAAGAGGGAGUCGCAGAAGGACAGGAAGAACCCGCUCGUGGACAAAAAGGAGGAGUCGCAGCCUCCGGUUCCCCUAAAAAAAGAAGGCAUCCGGCGAGUGGGUCGAAGGCCGGAGCAGCAGCAGCAGCAGCAAGGCCAUCAGGGCUCCCAGCAUCAGGGGGCCCAAGGGGAUGGACGACCCAUAGACAAGAGGCCAGACCGCCGACCUCCUCGCGAGCGACGCUUUGAGAAGCCCGCCGAGGAAAAGCCUGAGGGAGGAGUCGGCGGCGGUGGCGACUUUUCUGCAGACAAGCCUUCAGGAGAGCGGCCCCCGAGGGGGCGAGGAGGCGGCCGCGGUGGGCGCGGUGGACGAGGGCGAGGCAUGGGCCGAGGAGAAGGCUUUGAAUCCCGUGGCAAGCGAGACUUUGACAGACACAGCAGCACUGAAAAAACGAACCAGAAAAGCGAGGAAAAGCGUAGCAGCAGCAGCUCACACAAUUGGGGAAAUGUGAAGGAAGAAACCAGUGUAACUGAACCAACUCCUGCUGCUGAGACGACUCCAGAGGGAGAAGAACAGGCACCUGCUGGCUCUGAGAACAAGGAGAACGAAGUGGAAGAAGUCAAACCCGAAGGUCCACGAGAGAUGACACUAGAUGAGUGGAAGGCCAUGCAAGACAAAGAGCGCACCAAGGUGGAAUUCAACAUCCGCAAGCCCAACGAGGGAGCGGACAGUCAGUGGAAAAAAGGAUACGUUCUGCACAAGUCCAAGAGUGAAGAUAGGCCUGUCGGAGCUUUGAUUGACACCACAGAAACUGAAGUAGACGCACAAACUCUGUACCAAAAGGGCACUCCGGACGAAUCUUCCGACCACCACUUUCGCAAACCGGCCAAUGAUAUCACAUCUCAGCUAGAGAUUAACUUCGGAGACCUAGGCCGCCCCGGUCGCGGACGCGGGGGCCCUCGCGGGGGCAGGGGAGGCCGCGGCGGGGGAGGCGGCAGACCGGCGCGUGGUGGAGGACGCUCUGAAAAGGCAAGCGGCGUGUCUGUUCCCAACGUGGAUGACCCCGAGGCCUUCCCCGCCCUGGCUUGAAGGCUACCCUUUCACCAACAACCCAUUCAUCAGCCCCCCCUCAAAUUUACAAGGCCUGCAUGUUUACCACCUUCUCAUAUUUAAGAAAUUUCAAGAACAAAAAAAAAAUUGCGACAAAAAAGACAGCCACUUGCACCACCAGAGGACUUAAAUUUGAGCUCUUUUAAAUAUGAUGAAGACAAAAAAAGUGGGAAAAGGACCUCUUGUUACAGUGACAUUUUGUAUUUUGAAACAUGAAAACAAGGAUGUUUUCAUUCCUUUUUCUCCCCUAAAGAUUAUGCAUAAUUCACGGAGUUUGAAGUUUGUUUGUGCUGCUUGAAAUUAUGCCUUUUUGCGAUUUUGAGGUUUCAUGUGUGAGUAUCUUGGCAACCAGUAUCAUGGGGUCCUAGAAGACUUUGACCUGGAGUGCUUUUCUUCCCUCCCAGUGUAACAACACACAACACGACACUACAUAUGAAACGUGUGUAGGAUAUCUGAAGUAUGACUUCAGUUGCAUUUGAAAAGUGUCAUUAUCCUGACGACCCAUCUCCUUUUGAGAGGCACAAAAUGAGGACGGGCAACUAGGAAACCAGGAUAUCCUAAAAAGAAAAAAACUUGGUAUUUUUCUGCUCGUUGUGCAGUGAAAGUAAAUGCCUCUUUUCCUUUUUUUUUUUUUUUUUUUUUUUUUUUUUUUGAAAUUAUUAUUAUUAUUAUUGUUACAUUUUUUGGGGAUAGUUUGCCUUUUUUGGGGUGGACCGGUGAUUAGUCAUGCUUUGUAUCCUCUGAUCCAGAUGUGCCGCCUAUUUGCGGGGUGUGUAUCUUUAGGCUGGUCCUCUUAGCUCAUACGGACUGUACUACUUGUAAAUUCAGGACCACUAAGCAAAUGCGUUUAUUUUUAUUUCAAAUGUUAAGAAUGUGUGACUGUAUGUGUGAUUUCUAGAUACCUUGAAAGUAUUUGUCUGCUACGCGUGGUCAAAACCGUCAGCAGUUCUCGCCUAAAGUAGUUAAAACUGUUAAGAUGGCAACUUGGGAAAGUGUGUAAUGUCCACCACAUCUCAAAAAUCCCACCCAUUUCUAAAGACCAUAUUUUGUUGUGUAUUUUAUUAUUAUUUUAUGAGUGCAGCAGCACUACUGCAUGUCUGCUGUCGUUGUAGAACAAUCUUGAUCUACAGAAUGUAAACUUGUUGAGCCACCUGUGUUAGCAUUGUCAGCAAGUGUCUUAUUUUAAAUGAAGUGGGUCAAUGGGAGAAGCUGAAGUGUAGCAAAGUUAAGAGUACUCUGUUGUACUUUUAAAUGCAGUGCUCUGUUCCGACUUGCUGGGAAACACUGGUACAGGUGGCUGCUGAAGCUUUUUAUUUUAUUUUAUUUUUUUUCUUCCCCCUUCCUCGUAUGACUGUUUGAGCCACAUGGCGGUUAAACUUUGUGCAAACAUCCCUGUUCUAAUAAAUUGCUUUAGACUUGUAAAAUACUCAAAA